GAUUAACCCACUUCGUUUCUGCAUUCCCUCCUGACAUUCGUUCUUUCUCCGCUAUAACGGGCCGUGACACCUUUCUUGUUUAGAUCACCCCAUUGAUCUCUCAUUGAUUGCUGCUUGAGUCAGUUUACCGUCCAAUUCGACCUCUCCGGGGCAGUACCACUUUGUCGAGUCUGGCUCGGUAUCCCCUAACUCUUUGGGAAGGCGUCUCACUGGAAGAGUUGCAAUGAAGAACUCAAUUCCAUCUGAUGUGUGGGAGAGAAAGAAGGCACUCAUCGCUCAGCUAUACAAAGACGAGGAGUGGCCGCUAAAACAGGUGAUCAAGAAAAUCCGUUCUGAAGACUUUAACCCAAGUGAAACCCAACUGCGAAGCAGAUUGAAGAAGUGGAGGGUUACAAAGCCUUCACGCCAAACACGCAAGAAGUCCAAUGAUAGUCAACAGGAGGGUUCUGGCGACGACAGUAGCCGCGAGGACGGCUCCCCCCAUUGCAGGGCCACUACUGUCUCUCCCAAGUCUCGGCAUCAUAUUCGCUCGGCCGCAACAGAAAACCAUUUGCCGGAGUCCGAUUGGUUCAUGAACGGGUCUUUUGCACCGCACGAUGAUCUGCCGGCUACAGUUUCCCUGGACCACGCAUGGGCUCCUGUUUUGUCGCAACAUUCGCCUUCAAACAUACCUAGUAAGCAGAGAGAAUCUUCUCAUGCUUCAGUUGUGGUUCCAUCGAGCUCCGUUUCCCAUACUUCACCUUUACUGGACGAUGUUCUACUCAAUCCGACUACAAGUAUGCCGCCUGGUUUCCACGAACACCCUUACUGUUUCACCGCCGAGCCCUACAUGCAAACACCCGCUUCGACCGCAGCGACAGCUGGACCAAUUCAAUGGUCAAUGCCUCAAUGGUACUCGAUGCCUAUGGAUCACGAGGCGCAAGCUCCCCCGAUGCCAUUUUAUACUGCAGCGCCUUUGAGUCCUCCGAUCGAUCCUGCCAUGCACCUGAUAUCUCCUACUGUAUCACAACGGAUAUAUGCGCCUCGGACACCAUCGAGGCGCCGGGUUUCCGAUUUACGCGAUGACGGCGCACAACUAUGGAAACGUACCAUGUCUGCCCCAUACGUCCAGGAUACCGCUGCCGGUCACGCCAGACUGGAACAGAAGGGAUUGCAAUCGACCUCUGUAGAUAGGAAGGCAUCACUUCCUUCCAAACCCGCAAGUCCGCAUAACAUGGGCUUAAUGACACCCCCGCCCUCUUUUUUUCCUCCGGGACAGCAUUCUGCGAUGUGUGCACCUGUCUACAACUAUCCUGGGCCUGAGCCUCUCGUUCAUCGACCUCCGAGUAUCGACUUCUAAGCUACUCGGUCCAUCGCGCUAAUGCCAAACCGAGGCAAGCGUUAAUUGCCUUUGGAUAAUUCACUCCGCCAAUUGCCUCCUACAACGUGCAAUCGCCGCUGAUGUCUUUCGGCUACGAUAAUCUCUACUUCAUACUUCUGCCAGUUUUUCCACACUUUGCUUUCUUAUUCUGUAUUCACGUC